UUAUAAAAUCUCUGCAGUGAUUCAACUUUUUAAACAGUCAAAACUCCCAACUCAACUGAUUAAACAGUCAAAACUUCCAGCGAUAUCAUUACUGCAACAGCCAUGGCUUCAAGUGGAAUGGAUCCAUGGCGUUUAGUCCUACUGGGCAAGACUGGGGUUGGAAAAAGUGCCACAGGCAACACAAUUCUGGGUGAGAAUUUGUUCAAGUCUGAUGUCAGAGCCACCUCUGUUACAACCACUUGCUUGGGGCUUACCAGAGAGGUCAACAAUCGAAGUAUCACAGUUAUCGACACACCCGGUCUGUAUGACACCAGUAUGUCUAAAGAAUUUGUUGUGAGGGAGAUUGUGAAGGGAGUCCAGAUGGUUGCUCCUGGUCCUCAUGCCUUUCUUCUUGUGAUUGAUGUGAAGCGCUUCACUGAAGAGGAGAAAAACACUGUCAGGAAUUUCCAACAGAUCUUUGGUGAUGGAGUGCACAAGCACAUGAUCGUGCUGUUCACUCGUGGAGAUGAUCUUGAGUAUGAUAACAAAUCCAUUGAAACCUUCCUCCAAGAGGCUGGACCUGACCUCCAACACCUGAUCUCUGCUUGCGGACGGAGGUACCAUGUGUUCAACAACAGGAAGAGGGGAGAUCGUACUCAAGUGGAGAAUCUCUUCAAGAAGAUUCAAAUGAUGCUGAGUGGAAACAAUUACAGAUACUACAGCUAUGAGCUCUUUACGAUGGCCAACGAUAAGGCUAGAUUGGAGGCUGAAGUCGAACGUCUAGAACAAUCUACCUCGAAAUCCAGUUGGUGUAGUAUUCUGUAGGCUAAAACAUAAUAAACUAUGUGUAUUUUAUUAAUUAAUGAAGUUAAUAAAAUGUUCACCCCUUUAAAAGAAGAGCAAAUAUAACCAAAGACAAUAUAUAUAUAUAUAUAUAUA